AUGGAAUCAAAAAAAUCUGCUUAUCAAGGUGAAAUGUUCAAAAUAUUAGGUCGCGCAGAUGAUUUUGAACGAAAGCGUUUAGAACAUUUCAAAUUAAUGUUCACUGCUCUUCAACAAGUAACUUCAAUUGAAAACGAUACACGUCACACUGAAAUGCUUGAGAAAUUUCAACGAGCCAUUAGCAAACAUAAUGCCGAUAGUGAUAUUGAAUUUUUCAAUAAAAACUAUGGCUGUGAAACAAGAACUAAAUGGCCUGAUUUUGAAGAUGUACACCAAUAA